AGAGAAAGGGACCCGGAUGCCGGGACCAUGGAGUUCCCUUUCGACGUGGACGUGCUCUUUGGGGAGCGGAUCACGACAGUCGACCAGCACUUGCAGGCGUCGAGCCGAAGGGGAGCUGGGUUCACCGCCGCCCACAGGAUGGAUCUACAGCAGCAGCUCAUGACGAUUAUAGAUGAAAUGGGCAAAGCCUCUGCUAAGGCCCAGAAUCUGCCAACUCCCAUCACCAGCGCCUCUCGGAUGCAAACCAACCGCCAUGUUCUCUAUAUCCUGAAGGACAGCGAAGCAACCAUGACAGGAAAGGGGAUUAUAAUUGGCUUCCUCAAGGUCGGGUACAAGAAACUCUUUGUGCUGGAUCGCCACGGAGCUCACAAUGAAGUGGAACCUCUUUGUGUGCUGGACUUCUACAUUCAUGAGUCCCUCCAGAGGCAUGGCUAUGGCAAGGAGCUCUUCCAUUACAUGCUGCAGAGAGAGCGAGUGGAGCCUCACCAGCUGGCGGUGGACCGCCCCUCAGAGAAACUCCUGUGCUUCCUCGGGAAACACUAUAAUCUCCAUGACACUAUCCCCCAGGUGAACAACUUUGUGAUUUUCCAGGGCUUUUUCAGCCACCAGCAUGCUCCAGUAAGAAAGUUGCCUCCAAAGCGUCACGAGGGGGAUAUAAAACCGUACUCCCUAUCGGACCGAGAAUUCCUGAAGGAAGAGGUUGAGCCGCCAUGGCCCUUCAACCAGUCUCGCUCGCUGACCCGCUCUAGCAGCCUGGGGAACUCCCCGGUGCGGGGCUGCCUCAAGCCUUACUUCAAUGAGCAAGAGCUGCUGAAGAACUUGCGCCUCUGCCCCCCGCACUCAACUGCCCACCAUCUGAUGAAUGGUGAUCCUGGCGACCCAGUUUCACAGAGGCGGAGAACCAGGAAGAGCCCUCAAAAGGACGUCCUAAUGGCUCAGAAGUGUUCUUACAGCCGCUUUGAAAACUCUGCCCCGGUUUUGGAAGGCCUUGAGAAAAGCGCAAGUCACCUAAAGGACGUCGCAGGGCUACCCAAAAAGCCUACGGGAUCGGAAAGCCAUAGGCCAGACAAUGCGGCCAUCAGCCAUCCAGGCCACUCAGAACCAACCAGCCUCAGCCAGUUGGGAGAGACAGUUCAGCAAGAAUCUUCACUUCAAAGGAUGGACUCCCAGUCUCUUGCUGCUCCAGCCCUUCCGGAAAGGACUAAGGACCAUGGUGAUCUAGCAGUGACAAAUAGCCAUCCCUCUUGCAAAAGUGACUGUCAUGUGGCUACGAUCCCCCUGCAGCAGAACAAGGGAUGGUACAAUGUCCUUGGGAGGCCAUGGCAGAUGAAGCCACUCUGGACAAUUGCAGGGGGUCCUUACGAAGCCAAAAGAAUCCACCAAAAAUAUAUGUAUCGCAACACCAGACCCUGGUGAGAGGAAUGACUCUGAUAUCAUGGCUGUAGUCAAGAAGACAAUCUUGCCAUUACAAAGGGGAGUACGAAGUCUGCUUAGCCUCAUAUCUUGCCAGUAGGAUUACCUUGGAUGCUACAAAAUUGAAAUGCCAAACGCGGGUAUUACAAAAUUGAAAUGUCAGCCAAAUUUCACUACAAUGUUUUUACACCUAACAUUUUGAACUCCAAAACUGAAUUAUGGCAAAAUGUUACAGAAAUUCCUGUCACAUUGGCUCAGGAAGUUGAGGUAUAUGAAAACAUUUAUUCAAAUUUUAGAAGCUUGUUUUUUGUUUCAAAUUCAAUGUAACCCAUUUGGGGAUUCUGUGGUAUGUUGAAGAUACCACAGACCUUGAGAACAAAACUUUGGGAAAGAAGAGAUUUUAGGAUUGAUUUAAAGGAAGUGCUUGUUGAAAUUUGUCAGAGGUAACUUCAGAUUCUGAAGCGCUCUUAAGAAGAUUACCAGUAAAAACACUAAUUGUUGAGUUUA